UUUACGAAUACGACGCGGCAGGUUUUCCGUUGUCUUUUUAAUUGUGGUAUAUUUCCAUGAAAUAAUCCCAAAAAUGCCAGAAGAGCACGCUUACUGGUAUUAAAAAAAUGUUCCGUAUAUCUUAUUCUUUGAACACCGAUAACUUCUUCCAAAAAAUGACCGAUUUGGAAUCUCCCAAGAAAAACAACGACUGCUAUUUUUACUAUUACUCCACUUGCUCCAAGGGCGAUAGUUGCAAUUUUAGGCAUGAGCCGUCUGCUUUGGGGUGUGAGACAGUAUGCUCCUUCUGGAAAGAGGGAAAGUGCUUGAAUGUUCAUUGCAAUUUUAGGCACAUGGAAUUGCGGAAAAAUCGGAAAGCCAUACCCUGUUACUGGGAGACUAAACCGGGUGGUUGUUUGAAGCCCCAUUGCCCCUUCAUGCACCAAAACGCCGCAUCACCGGACGCACAAGCCGGAAAACCAGAUUCCGGACUGGCCGAGGAUCGCAGCCAAGGUGGCGCUUACAAAAACGUCCCUACCGUCGAUAGUCUGGUAGUGAAUUUCGAGGAAGAAUCGGACAACGAAUACGGGACGGCCACGUCGCCGCCCAAACUCAGCGUAAAAAAUAGAAUCAGCGACGAAAAAACCAGCGAGGAAAUCCAGUUAGAAAAAAUACAAGCGGCCAGUGCCGCUUACUAUGCUUACCCGAAUCACGGAGACGUGAUCGGAUUGCAGGAGCAUAACGAUGACCUGCGCCAGAGGAUAUUGGAAAAACUGAGGUCCAAGAGGAAACAACACCCGGCCAAAAUUCAUGCCGCGUACAAGAGACCAAAACUGGCCGGAAACGACGUGGAAAACAUUAAAAUUAAAACGUUGGAUGAGAUUCGCCAGCAGAGAAGCCUCAAAAAAGAGAAAAUGUCGGACGUCGAGGGACCCACGUACAAAAGGAAACACUCUCCUAUAAGGAUCGCGGAGGAUAAGGGGAAACCGGCUGUUGAGGAUAAACUGGGCACGGAAGAAACUGAAGUUACUAGUACGAGCAAAGAUGAGACUACCGAAGACGUGAACCCUGUAGUAAAACUUAAAGUGAGAAGACUGAAUAUACAGAAGUUGAAGAGUCUGGCGGAGGAUUGCGUAUCUAGUAACGAAAUUAAAGGAUUAAAGGACGAAGAGAAAAGGAAAAGUGAUUGUCCGGAAACGUUAGAGGAGCAGAAAAUCAAAUUGGACUCGGCGCGCUUGAGUUUGGACGAAUCGGAUCUACUGGACGACGUCGAAGAUGGUUUCAACGUUACCUUAAAGGCGGAAGACGACCUUCUCAACGAAAUAGACGAUCUAUUAAACGAUUAGUGUACCUAAUGUUGUUAUUUUCGAAAAGAAAAGGUUGUUUUACUGAAAGU